ACGGACAUUGCGCCUCGCCGUCGGGACUUGGGUAUAAAGAAAGAUGGAGCCCAUCCCAAUCUUCAGGAUAGUGGUUCCGCACUGAACCUGGAUUCGGGACAGCAGGCAUCGUCGUCGUCGUCGUCAACAAAAUAAACAACAGCAAACGGUCUUUACAACCCAAAGGACGGGUUCCUCGCCACGUUGAAAGUAAUUGUUCACAUUCAAAAUUACAUAAAAUCUCUUGAUUUUCCUUACCAAGUAAUUCCUACGUCUCCACGAAACAAACAACCGCCACCCGCAACAGCAAUAAUGAAGACCUACGCCGUCCUCCUGUCCUUCGUCGCCCUGGCCGUCGCCCAGGCGGCGAACCCGGUUCCCCCUCCCGCCCCGGCGGCCGGAGACACCCCCGCCUGCGCCGAAGCCAAGAUCCUCGCUGCCGGCAUCGCGCUCAACAUCCAGAUCCAGCAACAGGAGGUCAACGGCCUCAACGCCGUCAUGCAGGCCCUGCAGGCGAACCCCCCCAACCCCCAGCAGUUCCAGACCGCCAAGUCGAACCUCCUGUCCUUCGUCAGCGACGGAAUCCAGGUCCGCCAGGCGAACCAGCUCAUCGCCCCGUCCGGAAACGGCGCCACCCAGGGGCUGGCUGUGGUUGCCAAUGCUCAGCUGAGCGAGCUCCAGAAGGUCGCCGGCCUCACCGGAAACCCCCAGCAGGACACGCCGGUCACCCAGUCACUCAUGAUGGACUUCACCGGCGGUAUCAAGAAGAACAUGGAGAACCAACAAGCUGCCGUUGUUGGUUGCUAAGGAGCGAGUUAUGCUAUAUCGGGUCAUCAUAAUGAAAAGCGACGACACAUUUGGGCAACGGCGUUUGGCGGAUUCGCCCGUAGCCCAUACUUCUUUCAUAAUUCAUCAUACCGCCAUGGUCGGGACUCGGGCGAAGUUGAUCCUCAGCGAGGUCUCGACCUGGGUUGGAGAGUGUGCCACCACCGUAGGUUUGCUUUAAAAGCCAAACAUCCGACCA